AUGGAUUUUCCAGGUACUCUUGUGACCAGUACAGCAGGGUUAGGAAUUAAGAUGGUCAGUAAGCAGGUGAGGCAGGGUUUUGGUAUCACACAAAAAAUUGAACAGCUGCGUGAAAAUUUCAGGGGUUGUAUCCAGCCAUGUCUAGAUGAUGCCCAUUUAGCUUCGGUUUGGUAUUUGAAAGACGAGUAUUCUUACCUUUUCAAAGCUGUAGAUCUUUAUUAUGAAUAUAACGACAUAAUGGAAGAGUACAAAGAUGAUUGUCGUCGAGAUUCACAUAGACAAGGGAAGGAGGAUUGGGCCAAGACGCAUCUUUUGUUUAAACCGUCGUGUAUCACCCGUUUCUGUAGAAAACAUGGUAUGGGCGGUAGGAUAAUUGAUAUUAAUGAUAGGAUUAAAACCUUCGCAAAGGAAAACAAAGGCCGUGUUUCGGCUGUACCGAAGCAAUCAUACCGAGACUUUAGUGAUUCUCGUUUCGGGGAAACAAUAGACUCAAUACUAGGUCGGGAAGCAGAAAUGACUGAACUGAUGCGAAUGUUGGGCUGCUCUGAUGCGACGGACCAUACUGAGGUGGCCUGUGAAUUAUCUAGCACAGUUGGGAAGAGUGAGAGUGUACCUGUCAUUUUUUUAAGUGGGCCGGCUGGUUAUGGUAAAACAGCACUUGCCCAAUCCUUAAUUCAGGGGCAGCGAGUGAAGGAACAUUUCAAAGAUAGGAUCUUUUGGGUGUCUGUAUCAGGCCAGAUCAAUGACAAGAAGAGGUUUGCCACUACAAUAAUUGAGGCCAUACAGAAAACAGCCCCUCAGUAUUAUGAAUGGGACCCUUUGCAUGGCUAUUUGAGAAGUUGUAUUAAAAAGAACGAGACCAUGCUGGUCAUAUUGGAUGGUGUAUGUGGUGUGGAUGCCGCCAUAUGGGAUAGAGAGUUUAAACCUUGCCUUGACGCUGCUGGUCCUCAGAGCAGAAUCGUUAUUACCACUCAAGUUACAGAUCUUGCAGCUAGUAUGGGUAUUAUAAGGGAACAAACUAUUUCUCUAAGGGAAUUACGAGGCGAUGAUUCGUGGACGUUGCUUCACAGUACAGCCUUACCAGGACAGUCAGAAGAAAGAAUAAAAGAGUUUGAAACGGUCGGAAAGAAACUGGUACUCGGAUGCCACGGUGUCCCUUAUGUUAUCAAACACCUAGGAUAUUUCUUGCGGAGUAAAGGAAAUCCACAACAAUGGAAGGAUGUCAAUCUGUGGAAUCUGUACUCCAACAAAGAAGGAAUGCUUCCCCCGCUUUUGGCUGCCACAUACGAUGCCUUCCCCUAUGCUUUGCGGUUAUGCUUGAAAUGUUGCGCCUGCCUGCCCUAUGAUUAUGAGAUAGACAAGAACAUUCUGAUAAAAUGGUGGAUGGGACUAGGAUUGCUUGAUAAGACGGAUGCUGAUCGAAGAGAGAUGGAGGAGAAAGGUGAAGACUACUUUAAUAUUUUAAAAACAUCAUCGUUUUUACAAGGCUUUCCAGGUGCCAGUGCAGAUGAAAACGGUUGGUUGACCCAUUACAGGUAUUAUCCUCAUGUCGAUGCCCUUGCUCGCUCUCUGGCUGGAAAUGAUAGUUGUUUUUAUACGGAUAGGGGAUCUUGUUCAAGUUCAUAUAUAAAUGGUAGAUGCAUAAAGUACUCGACCUUAAUCCUCUGUGAUGAUGACAUAGAUUUCAUCCCAGAUUCUUUGUGCCAAGCCGAGAGACUCAUGUUGCUGAAGGUGAUCAUCAAGAAUCCUAGAGGCCAACCGUUUAAGGCCCUAUCAUACUUAUUCAGUCGUUUCCGGUAUUUAAGGGUAUUUGAGAUGACCUGCACUGGAAUCACUGAAAUACCAUCCGAGAUAGACAAGCUGAAACUAUUGAAGGUACUCAAUUUAUCUGGUUUGAAAAUAAAGAGGCUUCCUGACUCACUUUGUAAUCUGAAGAGUUUGCAGAGCUUGAUUCUGAACGACUGUUUGAACCUUACUUCACUGCCCCAGAACACUGAACAGCUUACUACAUUGAGACAUCUUGAAGUUAAGAAUACUGGUGACCUUCGAUUCCUUCCUAAAGGAAUCGGGAAGUUGACUAAUCUCAGAACGUUGUCGAUGUUUCCUGUUGCUGCUCAAGGUGUAAGAAAAGGCGCUAAGCUUGAAGAACUGAAGCAUCUCAACUUGCUUGAAGGACAUCUUCAUAUCAAAGGAUUAACGCGAGUGAAAAGCAGUGUUGAAGCUGUGAAAGCCGAGAUGGUGAAUAAGAAAAGACUUCGCUCUUUGUGUCUGGACUUUGAGACAAAUCACUACGAGCUUUGUAAAACAACAAAUCCGAAAGCACUACAGAUCAUGAAGGAUGUGCUAGAAGCCCUCAGGCCGGAUGAAGGAAUCGAUAAAGUUGAAGUACUGCAUUAUCCUCGCCCUUCCCCGAGUUGGGUAACAACUACAAAUUAA